AUAGAUCGUGGGAGGGACUAGCCUUCGCGGCACUGUCAACUGCAGUGCACGUGUACAUCAGUUACCGUGUGGCGUGAUCCGAGGAGUGCACGUGCUGUCAUUCCAACGAUGAAGUACGACAGUAUUGUUAGAGAGAAGACACCCGAACCAGACACAGUAGACUAUCAUCUCUGGCUGCUGGCAGCUGCUGCCGAAAUUUUGCUCGUUUUACUCGUUCUGCCUCUGCUACUCGUCUACACCAUCUAUUUUCACGACGGCUUCGCGUGGGAUGCUAGCGAGCCAUACUACACUAUGUUCAACGUGCACCCUUUGUGCAUGGUGAUCGGCUUCAUCAUCCUCUACUCACAAGGUGUGUUGACUUAUCGAGUGUUGAGGAAACUUCCAAAAUUCGCUGCCAAAGUCAUCCAUGCAGCUCUUAUGCUCAGUGUCUUGGUUUUUGCCGUAGUUGGUCUUGUUGCCGUCUUCAAAUUUCACAACAAGCAAAACAUGCCAAAUCUGUAUUCACUACACAGCUGGUUAGGAUUGACAACAGUCAUCCUUUUUGGAUUUCAGUAUCUUGCUGGGUUCACGCUCUACUUGCUGCCAUUGCCAUUUAUUCCACAGUUCUAUCGCGAUUAUUCAAAGUCAAGUCAUCGCACACUUGGUCUUGUGAUCUAUAUACUUGCCACCGUGUGUGUUCUGACUGGACUCCAAGAGAAAAUAGGAUUUGGUUUGGAAUACUCUAAGCACAAUUGUAAAGUUCGAAGCACAACAAAUAGUACGUGCGUUACUGAGUACAAGUAUCAAGACAAGCCGCCGGAAGGAAUUGUCCUGAAUGUUUUGGGUUUCAGUAUCUGUUUUUCGGCGAUUCUUGUGGUAGCAAUUGCAAUACAAUCAAGUUGGAGGAGACAACCAGAUAACUGAAGAUUUGAAGUGACAAGAGUAGAACUUCAACUGAAACUUGUCAGUACAGCAAUGUACUGCCUAGAAAUUUUAGAAAAUGAGAGAACUCCUAGAGUUUAGUGAGAUUAGAAGCACAAAUGAGCACGAAUGAUAGAAUACAUGCACAGCACAGCCUGAAUGUGCAAUAGUCUGUUGAGUUAUGAAAUUAUGACACAAUGAUACACUGAAUUUGCAACACAAACCAAUCGUAAGUUCAAUAUAUAUGCUGUUCAGCUGUUUGCAUUUUUGUACAGAUGAUUAAAGUUACACAUUCUGCUCAUGAUUUUUUGUCAAUUUAGGAAAGACAGAUAAAACCCUAACUUAUCAGCACAGGUCUU